AUGUCGAAAGCUUUAUCUGUUGUGAGAGAAAGAGUCCUAAGAAUUGCGUCUCAGCGUGUUGGCAAGGGCUAUAAAUAUGGGGCUGGGCCUUCGAAGUUCGAUAACAUAGUGAUCGCUAUGUCAUCUGGAGUAGAUUCAUCGCUAGCAGCAUCGCUAUACUCUAACUAUCCAAAGGCUCGGGGUAUUUUCAUGGAGAAUUGGUCGCAAUCGCUGUCGAUGGAGGACCCCAGUAAAGAAAAAUGCUAUGAAAAGGACUGGAAAGACGUUUUGAAAGUGGGGAAACAUGUCAAUUUGCCCGUCGAGAGAAUAAAUUUCGAACACGACUACUGGAUAGAUGUUUUCGAGCCGAUGCUCGAGCAAUAUAGGGCCGGUACCACGCCUAAUCCGGACGUUGGAUGCAACAAAUUCAUUAAGUUUGGAAGCCUACGAAAACACCUCGAUUCGUUAUAUGGAACUGGGAACUACUGGCUGGUGACUGGCCACUAUGCACAGGUUCUGCAGGACGCCGUUACUCAGGAAACACACUUGCUGCGUGCGUUUUACAAGCAAAAAGACCAAAGCUACUACCUCUCUCAAAUUCCGCAUUGCAUUCUGCCGCAGCUUCUAUUGCCGCUCGGAGGGUUAACGAAGCCCGAAGUGCGCGAAAUGGCGCGCGACCUGCAACUACCGACAGCUUUGAAAUCGGAUUCGCAGGGAAUAUGCUUCGUAGCCAACUCGCAGCAUGGCCGGUUUCAAAAGUUUCUGCAAGAAUACUUACCGGCGGAAACCGGGGACGUUGUGACAAUCGACACAACAAGCGGCGAGAAGCGCACAUGGGGUAAACAUAAGGGUUUAUGGUCGUACACGAUUGGCCAAAAAAUUGGCAUUGCGAUGCCGCAGGGCGACCCGCAGUUCAAAGGACAAUGGUUUGUGAGCGAGAAGCGUAUGAAUACCAACGAGAUCGUCAUUGUGCGUGGGCAUGCGAAUCCGGCUCUCUACCAAAAUACGUUGAGAGUGCGGCAAUUUGAGGCUUUGGGCGGCAACGAGAUCAUGCAAAGGCUGACAUCUGGUUCAGUUUCUGGUUUGAACCUACAGUACAGAUCUCUUCAAGAACCUGUUGCAGCUACCGCAUGCGAGUGGAACGGCAAAGAUCUCAUCAUUUCGCUUCCGGAGACGCAGCGUGCAAUGGCACCUGGCCAAUAUUGCUGCGUCUACGACGGUGACCGUGUUUUGGGCAGUGGUACAAUCGAAGAGGCAUAUUCAAGGGACACAGACUACCCGAUUCGAAAGCAAAACUAG